AUGACAGGCCCCAGGACCAUCGUACUGACAGAAGGCAGUCGUGCAGUCUUGCUGUGCCCAGCGUUGGAUAAGCGGCCAUUGAUGGCGAUCCAGUGGUUCAGAGUGGGUGAAAAGGAGCCCAUCUAUGAAUAUAACAGGCCACACCUGCCUGACGCCGCAAAAGAAAAUCUGAGGAUGUUUGGGCCACUAAAACACCGGCCACGUCCCGACUGGCUUGGAAGAGCAUUUCUUCGGUUGGGAACUGAGGAAACACCUGCUCUAGCUGUUACCAAUGUCCAAGCAUCCGACAAAGGAGAAUAUGUCUGCAAAGCCAUCUUUGCCGACGGAUCCAUUCGUGCAGUGAAUACAAUUGUACACAUCACAGCGACCGUGAAAGCUCCUUCGAUUUUUGGCUCUCACGGCGAAGUCCUAUCGGGUGAAAUCGGACCCUACGUGGAAGGAGACACCUUGAGACUCAUCUGCGAAAUGAAAUCAGGAUACCAACUUUUUUGGCUGUGGAACUCGACGACUGUGGUGGAUGGCCAGGAAGAGCGCACCCCUAAGGGGGUCAGGUCAACGCUGGUCGUCAAGCAGUUGACACCAAAUGACUCCCUGUCGCGAAUCACCUGUCGGGCUUCCAACUCUUUCGGCGUCAACAGCAGCACCACAGUGACGCUCAACGUCUGGACUCGGAUAACCCACGUGCGAAUACGACGAGGCCAUUUCAGUGAAGGAGUCCCCGCGAGGGUGGAAUGUGAGGUACUCGGUUGCAGGCCUCCACCCCUGGUGUCCUGGUACCUGGACGAUGAGGGUCCGCUGCCUGACUCCUUCACCCACGUCUUGGGCGACAUCACAACGAGCGUCUUGACGAUGUGGCCUACCGCAGGACACAACAAGAAAGAGCUCAUUUGCAACGCGCGCCAUCCUGUUCUCGAUCACCAGGUUAAUGAUUCCUUCGUCAUGGACGUACACUACAAACCUAAGCUGAUCCUUUCUUCUAACAAGACUAAACUGGAACUGCCAGAUGAAGAUCUCGCCCUGAGCUGUACCGUCGACGCUCAUCCUACAGCCAGCGUCUUGUCCUGGUAUCUCAACGGACAACUGAUCGGUUUGCCUUCGGAGGAGUCGCUCGAGGUCUUCACUGCUAUUCAUAAAGCGAUCAUCCCUGCUGCCUCUUUAGGGUAUUACGCAUGCGCAGCGAGGAACAGCGAAGGGUUUGGGCUCAGUAACCAGGUUCACGUGUCCGCGGCAUACGACGAAAAUGACAGCAUUUCGACGCUUCUGACGGCGGACGUGAACCUUAUAGCCGUCUCAGCCAUUGCAUCCCUAACGUCAUAUGUCGAAGGCCUGCUUUGA